AUGGCCACAUUCCCAGCUGGAGUGGUGACACGCAGGGUGACAUACAGGGUGACACGCAGGGUGACACGCCAUGCCUUGCAGGGCCGCAGCGCCAUGUCCCUGGGCAGCGACAGCGGCCCCGGCAUCGUGCACAGCCUGCUGUGCCACCGGCAGGGAGGGGACAGCGAGGCCUUCGCCCGCCGCGCCAUCCAGAGCCUGCUCAGGAAGCUGAAGGAGAAGAGGGACGAGCUGGACGCGCUGGUGGCCGCUGUCACCUCCGGCGGGGCCCAGCCCGGCCAGUGUGUCACCGUGCAGCGCACCCUGGACGGGCGGCUCCAGGUGGCCGGCAGGAAGGGGUUCCCCCACGUCAUCUACGCCCGGCUCUGGCGCUGGCCCGACCUGCACAAGAACGAGCUGAAACCCGUCAAAUUCUGCCAGUUCGCCUUCGACCUCAAGUGCGACAGCGUUUGUGUCAACCCCUACCACUACGAGCGCGUGGGGACCCCCGCCAGCGGUCUGAGCAUCCAGAGCACAGUGCCCCCCCCGCGCCCGGUGAAGGAGGAGUUUGUCCAUGACUGUGUGCAGAUGGAGACCCCCCAGGACCCCCUGCUCCACCCCGAGGGCCCCCCGGCACAGCCCCCCCCGCAGAACGGGUACCCCAAACCACCCCACCACAGUUCACCGCUGAGCUGGAGCAGUGCCACCAUCUACACCCCGAGUUUGGGGGGGUCACAGCCCCCCCCACCACAACACCCCGGUAGCCAGAGCCAUCCACAGCCCCCCCAGCACCACCCCAACCACUGCUGGCCCCCCGUGCUCCAGCCCCCCGUGUCCACCCACCCUGGGCCGGAGUUCUGGUGCUCCAUCGCCUACUUCGAGCAGGACGUGCAGGUGGGGGAGAUCUUCAAGGUGCCCUCGAGCUGCCCCACCGUGGUGGUGGACGGCUACGUGGACCCCUCGGGGGGGGCCCGCUUCUGCCUGGGGCAGCUCUCCAACGUGCAGCGCUGCGCCGCCAGCGAGAGGGCACGGCUGCACAUCGGCAAGGGCGUGCAGCUGGAGCGGCGAGGCGAGGGCGACGUGUGGAUGCGCUGCCGCAGCGACCACGCCGUGUUCGUGCAGAGCUUCUACCUGGACAGGGAGGCGGGCAGAGCCCCCGGCGACGCCGUGCACAAGGUGUACCCCGGAGCACACAUCAAGGUGUUUGACCUGCGGCAGUGCCACCGGCAGAUGCAGCAGCAGGCGGCCACCGCCCAGGCUGCGGCCACCGCCCAGGCCGCCGCGGUGGCCGGCAGCAUCCCGGGGCCCGGCUCGGUGGGCGGCAUCGCCCCGGCCAUCGGGCUGUCGGUGGCCGCGGGGCUCGGCGUGGACGACCUGCGGCGCCUGUGCCUCGUUAGGCUGAGCUUCGUUAAGGGCUGGGGGCCCGACUACCCCCGGGCCAGCAUCACCUGCACGCCCUGCUGGAUCGAGGUGCACCUGCACCGCGCCCUGCAGCUGCUGGACCACGUCCUGCACGCCCUGCCCGACGCCCACGCCUGACUCCUGGAAGGGGCAGCCAAAAAAAAAAACAAAAAAAGAGGGGAAAAAAGGCAAAAAAAUGUGGCCAAAAAUGUGUUGGUUUAACAGUUGUUUAAUGGAUUGGGUCAGGGCUUGUGGCCUGGGUGUAGUGCGGCCCUCGGUGCUGAUUUCCACCUCCUGCUUGAACUUUUGUAUGAAAAUAAACCAAAAAAAAAAAAAGAAUUUUAAAAGCCGAAGAGACAAGUAACAACGAACCCCGAUACCAAAAACAAGGUGGAAGGACCAACACCACAUUGUUUAAACCAUUGUUUAAUGGAUGGGGUUGGAAUCUGUGGCCUGUGACGGAUGCUCAGCAGUGCAGGUGUGCCGCCAGAUGCGCCUCCAGAUGCGUUUCCAGAUGUGCUUCCAGCUGUGCUCAAGUCCCUUGGGACUACAUUUCCCACCAGCCCCCGCGGCGCGUACCGGAAGCGGCCCCUCCUCUCCCCGCGGACUCGGUUUCCCAGCAGCCCCCGCGGCGCCCGUGGCCAAGAUGGCGGCAGGGAGCGGCCCCGGGGCGCGGGAGCUCUUUGCUGAGGGGCUCCUGCAGUUCCUGCGGCCCGCCGUGCGACAGCUCGACCGCCACGUCCACAGCGUCAGGGAGAGCCAGGUGGAGCUGCGGGAGCACAUCGACAGCCUGGCCACAG